AGCAGGCACCUGCUGCAUAGUUACACGCUUGCUCGGAUCAAUGCCAGUGUCAUGAGUGCACAAGAGAGCAGCACCAAGAUAAGACACGCUGAAAAACGCCGCAACAGCACUUGCGCACUGGCAGACGCAAUAGCACAGGCAGCAUUGGACGCCUGGCGGAGCCUCGACGUGCGCACGAGUCGCCAGACCGUCGUCGCGGCGAUCGUGCUGCACCACCAAGAAAAAUGCACGUGUUUGUCGCUCGGCGCGGGGACGAAGACGCCGUCGCGCGCCGCCGUCGUCGCGGGCGGCGACGGCGCGCUGCGCGACUGCCACGCAGAGGUGCUGGCCGUGCGCGCGUUCCGGCGCUACCUCUACGCCGCGCUUCAAAGCAAUGGAUGCGCCGCGUUCGAGAAGACCGCGGCCGGCGUGCGCCUGCGACCCGGCGCCGCGCUCUUCCUCUACUGCUCGUCGGCGCCCUGCGGCAACAGCACGAUUAGGAGGUGGGCGAAGACGACGCGCGAGGUCUUCCGGCCCGAGCUCGGCGCCGGGCCGCCGCCGGAGCGCCACGCGCCGUUCAAGGCGCUGACACCGGCCCAGGUGGCACUGCUGGGCAAGCGGCGGCCCGACGACGCCGCAGCGGUGGACAACGUGCCGCCGGGCUGCGCGCCCCUCGACGGCGACGCGCUGCGGCCGCACUGCUGCUCGGACAAGGUGGCGCGCUGGUGCGCCGUGGGUUUAGAGGGUGCGUUCCUGUCGCGCGUCGUCGAGGGCGCGGCGCUCGCGGGGAUCGUGGUCGGCCGAAAAUACUGCUUCGAGCACGCGCGGCGGGCGUUUUGCUGUCGCGUGCCGCAUUUACAGAGGCACCCGGCGCUCAUGGGGACGGGGCUCCUGCUGGACGAGGGCGUCUACGUCGACAACGACGGGGCCGACUUCCGCGACCGACGCUGCUACGCGUGGUGCCGCGGCGACGCGCACGCGGAGGAGCUCGACGGG